AUGGGACUCUCGACGAACUGCUGGAAAUAUCUGGUUCUAAUCUUCAAUGUGUUAUUCGCAAUGUCAGCUGUUGUGCUGUUUGGUGCGAGCGGUUUUCUUAUUUACAAGUUGUUCAUAUACCGGCACUUUAUUGGAGUCAAUGUGGAAUAUCCAGCUAUACUCCUGCUGAUGAUGGCCAUCAUCACAUGCUCCAUUGCUUGGAUUGGCUGGAGAACUACUAAGUCGAUGCAUCAGAUACAUGUUAUUAUUACGGGGAUCCUGAUAGUGUUGGUGGUCGUGAUCGAGUUCUCCUGCUUCGUAUGGGCCAUGGUCGUGUGGGACAACGUGGAGAUAGACAUUAAGUCCACUCUAUCGCACUACUUUGAACACACACUGACGAAGACUGAUAAUACAGACGUAGAUGUUAUACGAUGGGAUAGGAUACAAGUUAAGUUCGAGUGCUGUGGCGUCUCAGGUCCCAGUGACUACACAUCAAAAGGCCACGUUCCCUUCUCCUGCUGCGGGCAGGGUCCCCUGGACUCCCUCCACAAACCCUACGCGGCAGACUGCUCAAUGGUAUACCAAAGAGGCUGCGGAAAACCGCUGCAUAGUUAUGCUAGGCAGCAGGUGCUGAUGGUGGCAAUGACGGCAUUAGCAGCCGCUAUAUUACAAGUAAGUGUUUUUGGAUUUAAAUAUUAUAAAGUUGAUUACUGCAGAGAAAUCUCUGCAGAGAAAUCUCUGCAAUGUAUUGAGUGGCGAUGA